AUGCAAAGUGACGGCCUGAAUAGAAAUUUUUGCAUAGACGGUCGUUGGUAUAGCACAGGUGGCUACCUGCCAACUGAUGUGUUUACAGGGGGAUACGAGGCAGACGGCAAAACACUUCACGUAGUCUGUGCUCACAUUGAUGGCGACUUUACACCUGGAAAAUACGGGAAACAUCUUAGUGGAGCCUGUAUUCCGUACGGUGGUGAAGAAAAGGUUUGCGGAUGGUUCUAUUAUCUGGCCAAUAGCUAUUACGAGAAAUGGAUUUAUAGCUGGGAGGGCGCCUCAAACGGAAACGUCCCCCACAACGCUCUGAGGGUGGGUGAGGGGCUGUACGUGGGUCGAGUCCACCACGAGGGGAGUCUUAUUCCAUGUAAAGUUCACACAACUCAUGGAUGUGCUUAUUUUGGUUAUGACGGGAAAGAACACAAAACCAAGCAGUAUGAGGUCCUCGUCUCCACAUUGAAGUCUGGUCAGGCAGAGGAAGCGGAAGGGCAGAAAGAGGCUAAGGAAUAG